GAUUGACAAAACAAACAACCUUGACUUUUACGUUGUCAACAAAAUGUAUGUUUAUUUUUCUAUUUAAAAAUGAUAAAAAUGUCCUGUUUGCGUGAUCAUUUAUAUUGUAUCCAGUUUGUCAAGCACAUUUGCAGGGGGGAUAGUGUCGUAUUUAUAGCGUCAAUCACGCCAAUUCAUCGACUUGAUAUAUAACUCCAAGCGCCAGGUAUUUAUAAAAAUAACAUAAUGUCGAGCGAAACAAUUCAGCCCUGCAAUUUGACUUGCGUUAAAAAAAUGGGGCAAAAUGGAAUCGUGCAGCCUCUUUUAACUGAUUUAUAUCAAAUUACAAUGGCCUAUGCGUAUUGGAAGGCCGGAAAAACCUCUGCAAACGCGGUAUUUGAUUUGUUUUUCCGCAAAAACCCGUUCCAUGGAGAAUUUACCAUCUUUGCCGGUUUAGAAGAAUGCCUUAAGUUUCUUGAGAAGUUCUCAUAUUCAGAAAGUGAUAUAGAAUAUAUAAAACAAAUCCUACCCAGUCACAUUGAACAAGAAUUUUAUGAAUACUUGAGUUCCCUAACCGCAAAAGAUUUAAAAGUAUAUGCUGUAGAAGAAGGAACAGUUGUCUUUCCUAGAGUGCCUUUGUUGCGAGUUGAAGGGCCCCUUAUAGUGGCACAGUUAGUCGAAACAACUCUUUUAACCCUUGUAAACUUUGCAAGUCUCAUGGCUACCAAUGCUGCACGAUACAGAAUGGCUGCAGGUAACCUGAAAUUGUUUGAAUUCGGCCUUAGAAGAGCUCAAGGACCCGAUGGAGGUCUCUCAGCUUCAAAAUACAGUUACAUAGGAGGUUUUGACGGUACUAGCAACGUCCUGGCUGGAAAACUGUUUAAUAUUCCUGUUAAAGGAACUCAUGCCCACUCAUAUGUAACAUCUUUCAGUGAUUUCUCUGAACUAAUCACUAAAGAACUACAUCCAAAAGAUGGUGGACCUUCUAAAGAUAUUCUGGAGUUAGCUAUAGGGUUUAGGAAACGUCUCAUAUCAAUUUUUAAUGUUUUACUGUCUGAAGUCAGUGAUGGGGAAUUAGCUGCUUUUGUGUCGUUUGCCAUAGCUUUUCCGGAGAAUUUUAUGGCACUGGUUGACACGUAUGAUGUUAAAAAGAGUGGAUUAAUUAAUUUUUGUGCAACUGCUUUGGCUUUGAAUGAAGUAGGGUACAGAGCAGUUGGUAUCAGGUUAGACAGUGGAGACUUAGCAUAUCUUUCUAACAUUGCCCGAUCAUACUUCAAGAAAGUUGAAGAAGAGUACAAGAUUUCAUACUUCAGUAGCCUAAUAAUCAUGGCAUCGAAUGAUAUAAACGAGGAAACAAUAUUGAGCUUGAACGAACAAGGACAUUGCAUUGAUGCUUUCGGUAUCGGUACACACCUGGUAACUUGUCAAAAACAGCCUGCUCUAGGGUGUGUGUACAAAAUGGUCGAGCUGGAUGAACGUCCACGUAUUAAACUGAGUCAGGAUGUGGAAAAAGUGACAAUUCCAGGGAAAAAAGAUGCUUACAGGCUGUAUGGUGAAACUGGAUACGCAUUGAUAGAUAUUUUGCAAAGGAAUUUAGAAGAUUCUCCUGCUGAAGGGAAGAAAGUUUUAUGCAGACACCCAUUUCAAGAAUCUAAAAGGGCAUUUGUUAAGCCCUCCAGCGUGAAAAAACUUCACCAGUUGAGUUUUAAUCAAGGCAAAAUCUGUAAACCUCUGAAAAAUCUACAGGAGGUUAGAAAAACUGUGGAGCAGUCUUUGAAAAUCUUGAGGCCUGACAUCAAGAGAACGCUAAAUCCCACACCGUACAAAGUGUCUGUCAGUGAUGAUUUGUAUCAGUUUCUCCAUACUUUGUGGCUGGAAAAUGCUCCUAUUGGGGAGUUGUCAUAGAAUUAAAGGAUUUAGUAGUUUGGUGUAAGAUUCCACCAUAGAUUUGCAUAGGUUUUAGGCUGUUUUUAAACAGGUAGGUAUCAGAAACAGUGGCCUUAAAAUAGUUCACUUUUUUGAGCAUUUAUUAGACCUGGUAUAUUCCAUUUUUUGAUUUUUUUAUUUUUAUUAAGAUAUAUUUCGUAGUUUAAGAAAAAAAAGUGUUCAUAAUUUUUAGCAGGGAUGGGUCUCACUAAACAAAUUGAUUUCUUACACGUAAAAAAUAGUUUUUUACGUUAAGUUUUUCUUUGGCUUGCCCAUCCCUGGUUUUUAGUGUAUCUAAGAUAAAGAGCUUUAUUAAUACCAAAUUUCUAAACUGUUAUCGCUGUGUGCACAUAUAGCUCGUAAGUUUAUUAUUAAUUUACUUAAAAGAUUUAGAGAUAGUUAAGAAGAGUGUUAUUAUACAGAGCAUUUAUGUUGUGUACUUAAAAUAUUUUAUAUCGUUUUCUACGCGUAUCAUGUUAUAUUUAAUUUGUUUACUUAGUAUUUUAGAACUAUGUAGUACAAAUUAUAGUGUAUUAUUACCUACUAGGUGUUAUUUUGUUUUUAAAGUGACUGACACAAACUUAUUCACUAAAUUUUUAUAUUUAUAAGUUUAUUUGGUUGGUAAAAUAUUUAAAAACAAGAAUAAACUUUAUUUUAAAAAUAUGUUCCUUUUUAAGGAUAAUAUGAUUUAAAAGCGUGCUUUAUUAAUAGAUAAAACAUUAUUUCCUAUACCAUACAAUAAUUGAAAAAAAAAACAGUGUCACAGUAACCUUUGAAAUGAAGAUCGCUGUCAUUUUAUUUGUAAAAUAUCAUCGAUCGUCAUUUCCAUGGCAACUGGACGCCGUUUUUUUUCGCUCAUACGGUAUAAGGGGCCUGGAAUUGUAUUUAUAACUUUAAUUCAGUUAUUUUCAGCAAUUUUAAAACUAAAUUCGGUAUAUUUUCUCUUAAUUCGUGAAUAAAUUAAAAACAAUGCUCAAUGAAAGUGGUUUGUCGCAUUUUUAUUGGCUAGUAUUGAUCAUUACAACGUUGAUCAUUACAUCUUCAUCUUCUACUGUUUUAAAGACUUAUGUAUAUUAUUUGAACGUUUUUUUACGAAUUUGUUAAAAUAAACUCACUAGCUUUUAUGAUAUUUUUCUGUUACGUAAUUUUAUAUAGCUAUUCGGAAACGACUUGACAACAUCGCAGGUUCCCUCGUAGGUUUCAACGAUUUUUCAGUUGUUUUAGAAAAAAAUAAAUUAGCAUAGAGUAUUUGUUCAUAAUCUUUAUUUUAGUGCAUUACUUAGCCUUUCUAUCAAGUAAGUACUCGAAAUUUUAAGUUUUUCUUGUUAAUUUGUGAUUUUUGAUCGAAAAAAACUGCUAUUGUUCUUCAAGUCAUGGAUUUGUUUUGGCAAAGGUCGGUAUCGACUUCGAUAUUUUUCGACAGCCUUAUUAUUGCAUAAAUUAAGGAUAAAUUGUUGUUUUUUGAAUUUUUGAUUUAAUUUUCCAUUAAACUAAUAAAUUUUCAUUUCUUUGGAAU